AUGGUGGGAUGCGGGGCAAGAGUCCAGCCAGUCUCCUCGGGCAGAAGAGCCAAUUGUCACUUGAAGAUGGAUUUGUCUCGAGGCUUGUCAGACAGCCUGUACCAGAUCGUGGUCAAGACCAGGAACCAGUGCGGGGUCGCCAGCGGGUCCUUUUUUUACAUGGACUUUGGUUCCAGCUGGGACAUGUCUGCCGUCAGAGCCAGUGAGUCGACCAGCCUGAAGCGCUUUGUGCAGUCGUGGUUCGCAGAUGGCAAGGCCGCAGGGUCAGAGCCAGACUCGAAAGACAAGGAGGAGCCUGGCAAGGGGCCGGAGCCUGGCAAGGGGCUCAAGCCUGGCAGCGAACCUGCUAGCAAGACACCCGUUCAACCUCCCCAAUCCAAAGAUCCAGCAGAAGAUGGUGGGGCGGAGAAGACGCCCAAGGGAAAGGGUAAGGGAAAGGAGUCAAACAAAGCCAAGAAUGAGGUGGACCCUGUCCCGGAAGGUACCCUUGCCACCUUCGUUUCGCAGGAAUACACCUACGCCCUGUCGCCAGAGCUCCUCAUCACUUCCCUGCAGAAGAAUCGCAUGACCACAAACAAAAAAAUCUUCCCCGGAACAAUCCUUCACCUGACAGCCGAUGGAAAGAUGAAGCAAUGCCACGAGAAGCCGCCAGACAGCUUCGAGUACGUGUACAAGUUGAACUCGCAAGUGAUCGUGGCGGAUGGGCCAGACGGCGACUUCAACAAACUGAGGAUGGUUUCCGUGGAGGCGCUGGCCCAGGAAAAGGACGUGAAGGAGUUCUGGAAGUAUCCGAAGUUCGCCCGAGAUGCAUCUGUGAGUGCUUGGACAAUGACGAAGCCCAACAUCUUCUUUGUGCUAGACGGCUUGCAGAAGCAGGUUCAUGCCUUGGUGGAAAAGAGUUCCAAAGUGAAGUGGAUGUGGGCUGUCAAGGUUCUGAAUGGCAGAGUCACCCCACAAAAGCUGGCUCUUGUCCUGGAUAAGCAGGUCAUCGUGCCCUGCUCGAGCGGCAUUUUGCAGCUCUAG